CUCAGCCCCAGACGCAAAGCUAAGCCAGCAUGGUGUUCCUCCGCAAGCUCCUGGCCACGUCGGCCAAGGCCGGCCGCGCCGCGGCCACGCGCUCCAUGGCCACGUUCGACCGCUCGAAGCCCCACCUGAACGUGGGCACGAUCGGCCACGUCGACCACGGCAAGACCACGCUCACGGCUGCCAUCACCAAGGUGCUGUCCGAGACGGGCGGCGCCGAGUUCACGAGCUACGCCGACAUUGACAAGGCGCCCGAGGAGCGCGCCCGUGGUAUCACCAUCUCCACGGCCCACGUCGAGUACGAGACGGCCAAGCGCCACUACGCCCACGUCGACUGCCCCGGUCACGCCGACUACGUCAAGAACAUGAUCACGGGUGCGGCCCAGAUGGACGGCGGUAUCCUCGUGGUGUCGGCCGGCGACGGCCCCAUGCCCCAGACGCGCGAGCACAUUCUGCUGGCCCGCCAGGUCGGCGUGCCCGCCCUUGUGGUCUUCAUGAACAAGGUGGACCAGGUGGACGACGAGGAGCUGCUGGAGCUGGUGGAGAUGGAGAUCCGCGAGCUGCUCGAGGCCUACGACUUCCCGGCCGACGACAUCCCCGUCGUCAAGGGUUCUGCCCUGGCUGCCGUGGAGGGCCGCGACCACCCCAUCGGCCGCGACGCCGUGCUGCAGCUCAUGGACGAGGUGGACGCCUACAUCCCGGACCCGGUCCGUGACUUCGAGAAGCCCUUCCUGAUGCCUGUGGAGGACGUGUUCUCCAUCUCCGGCCGUGGUACCGUCGUGUCUGGCCGUGUGGAGCAGGGUGUCAUCAACACCGGUGACGAGGUGGAGCUCGUGGGACUGAAGCCCAGCACCAAGACCACGUGCACGGGUGUCGAGAUGUUCAAGAAGUCGCUCGACCGCGGCCAGGCCGGUGACAACGUCGGCCUGCUGCUGCGUGGCCUCAAGCGUGACGAGGUGCUGCGUGGCCAGGUGCUGUGCAAGCCCGGCACCAUCAACCCGCACACCAAGUUCGAGGCCGAGGUGUACGUGCUCAAGAAGGAGGAGGGCGGCCGCCACACGCCGUUCUUCAGCAACUACCGCCCGCAGUUCUUCUUCCGCACGGCCGACGUCACGGGCAACAUCCUGCUCAAGGACGGCACGGAGAUGGUCAUGCCUGGUGACAACACGGCCAUCGACAUUGAGCUCAUCCACCCCAUCGCUCUGGACACGGGUAUGAAGUUCAGCAUCCGUGAGGGCGGCCGCACCAUCGGUGCCGGUGUCAUUUCCAAGGUUGAUGCUUAGAUAUUUUCUGCAGAACGGCUGCAGUAGAUACCUGGAAGCGAAGCCUGCCGAGCCAAACGUCGAGUAAGAUGCGCGGAGAGUGUCGAACUUCGUAACCAGCAAUACAUACAC